GCCCGGUUAGGAGUGCUGCGUGCGGCGGGCCGAGAGCCAGUGCGGGGAGGCCGUGCGCAAGCAGGGGGUGUGGCUGCACAACGCUGUGGAGCUUUGAGCUCCUCGCUGCUCGGAGUUGGAUUUCGUAUCUUCGGCUCGAGGGUGACUCUUGGACUCUCGCCCUCGGAGGGAAACGCGUCUGCAAGGUCUCUGGCUGCAGAUUCUUGGGCCCUCUUCGUGGGUGCCUGGCGUAGCUGUAGGUGACUGCACCCUUACCCAGCAUGGCGGCCCGGCCGUCCCCGCCGCCAGACCCGCAGUUUGUCCUCCGAGGAACCCAGUCCGCAGUGCAAGCGCUGCAUUUCCAUGAAGGCGCCCAAGGGCAGGGGCACCCGCUCCUCAUCUCAGGGUCCCUGAGCGGGUUGGUGCACAUCUGGAGCCUGCAGACACGGAGGGCGCUAACCACCCUGGAUGGGCACGGGGGUCAGUGUGUGAUCUGGCUGCAGACACUGCCCCAGGGGCCCCAGCUCCUCAGUCAGGGCCGGGACCUGAGGCUGUGCCUGUGGGACCUGGCGGAGGGCAGGAACACUGUCGUGGACUCCAUGGGUCUGGAGAGCAUGGGCUUCUGCAAGGGCUCCCUCCUGGCCAGGGGCCCACAGCGCUGGACACUGGCAGUGCCCGGGAGAGGCAGUGAUGAGAACAGACUCAACUUGGCGCCGGCCCAAAUCAACUUGUUUUCUUACUGUCAGAUUCAGAUUCUGGAGAUGCCAUCCAAGACAUCAGUGUGUACCCUGAAGCCAGAGGCAGAUGCCAAGCCAGGCAUGCCCAUGUGCCUGGAGCUGUGGCAGGCCGACUCCAGCUCCCGCCCGCUCCUCCUGGCUGGCUAUGAGGAUGGAUCGGUGGCCCUGUGGGAUGUCUCUGAGCGGAAGGUGUGCAGCCGCAUCGCCUGCCACACAGAGCCCGUCAUGGGCCUUGACUUUGACUCCCAGAAGGCCAGGGGCGUCUCGGGCUCCGCGGAGAAGGCGCUGGCUGUCUGGAGCCUGGAUGAGCAGCAGGCCCUGCAGGUGUGCAGGACUCAUGAACUCACCAAUCCUGGGAUCUCUGAUGUCAAGAUCCGACCUGACCGAAAGAUCCUGGCCACCGCGGGCUGGGACCAUCGUGUCCGAGUGUUUCACUGGCGGACGAUGAAGCCACUGGCCGUGCUGGCCUUCCACACCUCCAUUGUCCACUGCCUGGCCUUUGCUGCUGAUGGCUUGCUGGCAGCGGGGUCCAAGGAUCAUCGCAUCAGCGUCUGGUCGCUCUACCCUCGCUCGUGACUUGCCUGCUUCCUGUUACAGACACACGGGGGACAGAGAGGUGGCACCCACACUUCGAUCUGACCCAGGCCUGUGGAAACCAUGCUUCAGGACCCCUGAGGACAUCAAGUCACCAGUUCUCCUCGCUUUUUGCGUGAGGCUUAUUUCCUCUUGUGAAAUUCAGCAUCCAUGCAGCAGUGACUCUGUGGUUUACAAAGAGUAACUGGGCCAGACACCUGGGCAUGUAUGGCCUAGGUUAGAGGCCAUCCUGGGAGGUGCUUUCCAGUAAACUUAACGUUGCAAA